GCUGUGGUGAAGGCACAGGAGGCGCGGGACAAUAUGGAGAUUACAGGGACAGAUAACGUUGACGACGAAGGUGAUGUUAUUGAGGAGCUGCCCAGGCUGACCUCGGGUCUGAUCAGUAAGUAUGUCGCUGCAUUAGAUGACCGGGCCAUGGCACGCAAGUUGGAGGUUUUGCUGGGGCCAUUCAAUCGCUAG